AGGACAAGGAAAGACUAGAGGGCGUCCUAAUAGGUGCCCUGGGUACACUACGACGAAUGAGUGGGACGCUUAUUAAAGAAGCCGCCUGCCGCGUAGGAGGCGUACAGCAAUCGAGCCUUUCCUGCAUCCACUUUCGCCACUCGGACUCGACUCUCGGCCCGCAUCCGAUCGACUCAUCUCCCUCUGAAUUCCGACGCUCAAUCCGGCGAAAUGGCGGGACAGUUGUGGUCGUCGCAGAGACAGAGACGUCGACAGAGCACCGGGGCGUUUACUCGGCGAAAUGCUGGAGGAGAUCACGUUUGGUUCCGCCGCUCACCGUAAUCUCCAUCGCAGCUCCAUCGUCAGCUGCCAUCUCUCUUGUCCGGAUGCCCAAUCGAUAUUUUCAAAUGGCCGUCUUUACUCCAGGCAGAACACGCACGCCGUGGAGGGCGUUCUGGUAUUCGGGUGGAGAGGCUGUUGAUCGGGUGCUCGGAAGACUCUCGCACAAUACUUUAAGCACGUCGUGGGUACAUGGACACGCUCGUAGUUUUCUCGGUGAAAGAGCGUGGCACUCGAGACAUAUAUAAGAACCCGCCUCUCCAGCUCUGGACUCCCCGUCCCAUAUUCAACUCACACCUCACCCACCACACAACAGCAAACAUUCACAAUGAUCUCCCGCCCCGAGCCCACCCUUCUCGAGCAGCUCGAAGCCGCCGGUGUUAAGGUCGACACCGACUCCAUGGACCCCGCUAUCGCCGCGAACCUCCCCUUUAAGGCCCACGACAUGACCUCCAACCAGCUGCUCGUCCAGGAGCAGCUCAUCAACCCUGACAACAAGGCCCUUGUCGAAAAGACUAUCAGAGAGCUCAAGGGCAAAAGCUGGUUUGACGUUCACACUGUCCUAACCGCGAGGUUUGCCAAGAGGGUCUUCCCCUACAUCCAAGGUCGUGUCCUUGCGCAGACCACUCCUAGCCAGGGCUUCAACAAGCAAGCCAUCAUCGACCACGCUCGCGCUUAUGACAGAGCUUACCAGGCCGAAGGUAUCUCCCGUGACCGAUUCUGCAUCAAGGUGCCCGCCACUACCGCCGGUGUCCAAGCCGCCAAGGUCCUUAACGAAGAAGGCAUCCGUACGCUUGGUACCUCUCUCUUCUCCCUCGCCCAGGCUAUUGCAUCCUCUCAAGCUGGCAUGCUCUCCAUCUCGCCUUACUACAACGAGACCCGUGCCCAUGUGCAGAAAGAGCUCUGGCCCGACGUCGCCGACCCUGCGACCCAGCACCCAAUGUCAUUCCGUAUGCGCCACAUCCGCGACACCUACGACCGCCUCGCGAAGGAGACUGGUAAAGUCCAGCCUCUGAUCAAAUCAGCUUCCUUCAUCACGGCAAGGGAAGCCAUGGCCAUGGUCGAACUCGGCGCCGACCACGCCACCAUCCUCUCGGGCUGCAUGGCUGACCUCCUCUCGACCAGCCGUCUCCCCGUCUACGCCAAAGGCGCGGAAUGGCAAGUUCGCCUUUCCGCCGACACCCCCAACACCCAGUGGGCUGACUGGACCCCGCCCGAGCCUGUCGCGAGCAAGGCAAGGAUGGCCGAGAUGGCCAAAGCGGACCCGUUGAGUGGAUUGAUGGAGAAGGACUGGAAGAUUGCUAGUACCGACGUUGACUAUUUGGCGGACGGUGUGCUGGACAAGCUCAAUGAGGAGGAUGAGGUGACCAAGACGAGGUUGAGGGAUGCGCUGGUGCUCUUCCAGGGUGGUGAGAAGGAGAGUCAGACUGAGAUUGAGAGGUUGCAGAAGAUUUAUGUUUAAGCCUGUUUACAGGAAUAGUGCUCUCUGUUUCUUUUUCUGAUAGCUUUGUUUGGUGCUUGUGUUUGUAUAUAGAAAUCGGAAUAUGCAAGAAGUAGC